AUCAUCAUGCUUUAGUGUGAAAUCAAGAGCAGAGUACGCAGCAGGAACUUACAUCCGUUCCCACUCGUAGGAUAAGAUUUUUGAAACAUUGGGUUAUAGUAAUCACCUUCGAGAGUAAUGAGCAGUUCAACAGUCAUGUCAGAGGCUGAACUUCGUACACCGGAUCUCCACCCCAUGAUAAGAUACAUUGAGCUGCAUGAUAGAAAAAAUAAUGUAACCGAGGUGGAAAUUCCUAUUCCUUACGGCAAAAUCGCUGGCAAAUGGUUUGGACCAAAGAACGUUCAGCCGAUACUGUGCCUUCACGGGUGGUUGGACAACUGUGGAACUUUUGAUAGGCUCAUUCCAUUGUUGCCAGCAGAUGUGAGCUUUCUUGCGAUCGAUUUCCCCGGACAUGGCCACUCUUCGUGGGUUCCCGAUGGUAUGGCAUAUCACCAGUUGGAUAGCGUCGUUCUUAUAUUGCAAAUCAUGAAGGAAUAUAAGUGGGAUAAAGUGGCUAUAAUGGCACAUUCCAUGGGAGCCAUCAUCGGGUUCAUGUUCACAGCUAUGUUUCCAGAAAAAGUUGAAUUUCUCAUAGGCAUAGAUGCUCUGAAGCCCCACAGUUACUACCCUGGAAAGUUCCUUAUGAUUGCUGCACCAUUGCUAUCCAAGUUCAUCGAGGCUGACCAGAGGAAUCGUGAAAAGUCGGAACCUCCCGCAUAUACCUACGAAGAGAUGGUGGAUAAAAUGUAUGAUGCAACAUUCGAGUCUGUGACCAAAGAAACGGCACCUUUCUUGCUACAGCGGAACAUCAAGCCCUCAAAAAAGUUUCCCGGGAAGUACUACUUUGAUCGCGACAACAAAGUCAAGUACAACAAUAUUCCCGGCUGGUCGGAUGAGGUGAACUGGGAUUUGGGCAAGCGAGUGAAGGUUCCACAGUUGACGAUCAAGGCGAAAGAUUCCCCGUACCCGGGAUCCUGGCAGGGAUUCAAACCAAUGGUAGAAGUGCUAAAGGAGCACAAUCCUCAUUUUCAGCUGGAGUUCGUGAAAGCAUCACACCAUGUGCACUUAACAGAUCCGGAGCUCAUCGCUCCCAUAAUAACGGAAUUUCUGCGAAAGUAUUGGAUCAAGCGUCAGGAUAGCUUAGUUAGUAAACUGUGAUAAGGGAUAUGGGGAUUAUUUCCAUGGGGUAUAACGAAUUUUUAAGGAACUAGUCUCGGGUGGAUGAUUUGAAAAUGUAUAAUUGUUACAUUAUAGGUAUUAGGGUGCCGGUGCCAUUAGUGGACUACCUAAGCUAUAAAAAAUCAUAACAAAAUAACGAAAAGC